GUCUGGGUUUGUGCAAAGUGCUACUGUUGACAAAGGAACUUGGCCUCCCCUACUUGUUUGCUUCGGCAACCCAAUGCACUUUAUCAAACUUGAUAUCUCUGCUACUCCCUUUCCCCCUCCUAAAAAAUGGAACCCUCAACCUCCCGUUCUCGCACCUGCGGCGGCGGCGGCAACAACAGUGGUCGGGAAGACUGCUGGAGCGAAGGCGCCGCAGAAUCGCUAAUCAAGGCGUGGGGUGAUCGCUACGUCAGCGUCAAAGGCGAAAACCUCCGCCAGAAGGACUGGAAAGAAGUCGCCGACGAAGUCAACUCGUGGCGCAGUCCAAAAACCGAAUAGACACGCUGAAGAAGAAGUACUAGAUCGAGAAGGCCAAACCACCUCCGUCAAAGUUGCAGUUCUACCAUCGCCUCGAUUCCCUCAUCAGUUCAACCACAACAGCCUCCGACGCCGUUAAGAAAGGCGCAACCAGCAU